CGGCCUGGUUUGUCAAUCCACCUGUGAGUGCGAUGCUCGAACUCACUAAAAUGGGCGCUAAUUAUAAUCUCAGAGACUCCAGAGUAUCCCUGGCUUAGCCCACGUCCAUGUGUUCGCACGCAGGAAGUGAUGAAAAGUGCUAGACUAGACAUAAAUCCUCCGCGCUCAGGCGUCAGGCAUGAGACUAUUCUUGAAUUUCAUGGAGGCAACUGUGAACGCAGCUCAAGUCUGACUCUAAGCAGUGUCAUUCGUUACUUACUUUUACUACACGGCUGUUAGUUAGCACUUGGUUAGCACAUGCAUCUGCAGACGCCCUCACGUGCUCUCUCCAACGCGAGUCACGUAUAUCACCCCCACCAGGACCCACAAGACAGCCUAUCCACAAACCUUGCUUGAAUACAGAAUAACGCAAAUGGACCGGAAGAAGGCUCCUUUUCAAGAUAUCACGUCCCGAUUCGCGGCCGCCCUUCCGCCAACACCAUCCUCCCGUCGGCGGGCCAAAGCUCCAGGGGGUGCGAUGGGCGAGAAAAAGCGUCUCAGGGUGGUAGACAACAGUAGAUCUACGAAUCGCGCGCUUCCUUCAUCUCUGCCUCCCUCAUCUCCACCUCGUCCUACCUCGCCGUCCAUCGGCGCGCCACUCGACGAAUUUGAAACUGGUCUGGACCCAUUCAUCGACGAUGAGAACGAUGUUUCGUUCGGUCGUUCAGAUUUCGAAUCCCUCUCAGACAAAGGCGAGGUGGAUGAAGACUCGGAUGCCGAGAAUCGCGCACCAGCCAACCAAUCCGACCCUUUUGGCUUCUUCGCAAUCGAGCGCAAGCUCAAGGCGGAACGGGACGCACAACCCCACCCCGCGCCACAUCACGCUUCUGCUAUUGAGCACUACCCCGCGCGUCUCACGGAUGACAAAGGGCGCGAUGACGGACGAUUGAUGCCAGCCACACCCCACAAACCCAAGGCAGGCAAGCCCAGCAUGGAGUCUGCCGCAAUCUCGCUGGGUUCCGGCGUGACGACCAUACCGAGUAGCCCUUCGCCUGUCAAGGGGACCCCGGGACUUGUUGGUCGCGCCGGAAAUGAACAAAGUCCCUCACUUCGGCGAAAACAUGGCUCGCCGGGCGAGUCAUCGGAGUCUGACGAAGAAUCCCCCCCGAAGAAGAAGACCAAUCCGUCUCCUGGAGAUACUCCUCUUCGCAGAAGCGCGAGGCACCGACCUGUCAAACCUGAUGCUGCUCGGCCUGCGAGGAAGAUCACCAGCACCAAGACUACCAGUACCAAGAAGAAAGCGGUAAAGGGAAAGGGAAAGAGGAGGAAGGAAGAAGCUGAUGAGGAGCAGGAAGAGGAAGAGGAACAUCAGGGUCAAGUGGACAAGGUCUCACGUCAGGAUGCCGAGCGAAAAGCUCGCGUUGAAUACUUCAAGAAGUUGGAUCAUUAUAGUUUUGAGAAAGAAGAUGUGUAUGUGGUCUGAGUGAAUGCUUUUGGAUAGUCAAUUUUUGGAUGCAAUUGUACAGGCAAAUAAUGUAAAUCUACUCUACUGUAAAUUAACGGUAUACUCGGGCCGCUGCCCAGACAUAUAUUCACGCAGACUCUUGAUGAUCUGCCGUUCACCCUUGACGAAGGACGCAGUCGUUCGUCCAGUCGAAUGUGGUUGCAGCAUGACCCGGUAAGCCAAGUGUGGUUCAAGGAGACCUGGAUGUAUUGCGGGCUCAUUCUCGAAGACAUCUGCUGCGAAUCUCGACA